AUGGGAGGAUUGGUAAAAUCGGGUUUAAUUGAAAAAGUUACAAUUACUGUUGUCUUUGGAUAUGCGCCAACAGUAACAAGUACUAGCCGACUUCACUUAUGUGCACUGUCACUGGUUUGCGCGAUCUUCCUAUUCCUGCCUUACAGAAUAGUAUUAUUUCUGAGAGAAUUGGUUUGGUUUUACAAGUAUACCAGUGUAAAUGACUUUUUACUGAAGAAUGUCAAGACCUACAAUUGGAGAAGUAUACUUAUCACAUGUGGCCCUAUUAUAGGCUUUCUUCUUUUUCAUUGCCUUAAUCAUGAAAAUGAUGUAAAGUUUCAGGAUUUCCUGAAUGUACAAUUUUCAUUUUUGGAUAUUUUGAUAUGUCUCCAAAUUCCUGCUUUGGGUCUCUACUACCAGUGGGAUGAUUGUCCAGUGCUGGAAUCAUAUAGACUGGAAGAAAGCUCCAGGUUUAGUGGUGGAAGUUGUAUGGCACGAGGAUUUUUCUAUGGAUAUUUGAAGAUCAUUACUCCAGGUUUGUAUGACAAAAUCGUUCGUUAUCAAAACGAGAACAAUUUAACUGAUAAAGAAGUUCCUGUGAAGCGGCUGUGUGUGCUGAUACCAUCAUCAACCUUCAUAUUUGAUAAACUCCGUAAAGAAGCAGAGAAAGUUGAAGCAGAACCAGUUGAAGAGAGCCUGGAUGCUCAUAAGCAAGACCGAGGAUUGGUCUUAAAACGGGUCUACCAGAACAGUAUGUAUAAAGUAAGAAACAAAGAGAAGAAUAGGGAUUACUAUGUUCCUUUUGAGGGUGCUACACCUUUGAAAACAUUUUAUGAAACCUGCAUACAUGAACCCCAUUAUAAAGAAUUCAAAUCAGAAGUAAUAUCAAGUUUCUAUUAUGAACUGGAAAAACUCAUAAAUCGAGACAGAGUUGUGAAGGAUAUGGUGGAACUUGUAUAUUAUGAUGAUGAAAAUGAUCCAGACAUUGAGAUAGCGGAAGUCGUAGAACAAAGGAUCAAGUAUUUAAAAAGGUUGAAAAAUUCAAAGAACAAUAAGAAGAAAGUUUUGUAAAAUUUGUACACAAGAGCCAUACAGGCUUCCCACCGGGCUGUGUUUUAUAGUGAUUCAUUGAUGAAAAGAAAAUAUUGAUUAUUGUGAACAGAACAGUAAGAUAUUACUAUUAAAGUGAAAGUGAAUACUUGAGUGGCGAUGUAUAUAAGCAGUAAGAUGUUUAUCACUACUGGGUUGUAUCUUUGAAUCAGACAAA